UGAAAAUGUGUCUUUUGAAAUUCUAGAAAAUGCUUUGGCCGUUCAUCUUCCACCCUAAACCCUAAUUUUUAUUUUAUUUUAUUUUUCCUUUUUCUCCUUAUUUUUCUUUUUCUUUUUUUUCUUUCUUUCUCUCUCUUCCUCCAUUUCUCUUCUCUCUCAGCCAAACCCCUCUUCUCUCUCCCCGAUUUCUCAAACUCUCCCUCUUAUCUCUUCUCUCAAUCUUCAUCUCUUGAUCUCCCCUACCCCACAAUCGCGAGACCACCAACCCCAACCCUCUUCUCCUCUCUUGCCCACGAGCCCAAGGAACCCAUUCUUGCCCAAGAGUGGCCAAAACCGGUAUCAACCUCUCUUUUCUCUCUUGGAUUCUCUUCUACCUAUCUUCUUCAGCCGAUUUAGGCCAAGGAGAGUUCGUUCCAAGCUCUGACGAUUUUCUAAAAAAUUUGGCAAGACUCAGGCGAGUCUCCGGUCAUCUUCUCCGUUCACGGUAAAGCCGAAAAGCUUCGAUUCCUCAUGAGUUUCUCUCUCUUCACUCCCUCUUCCAAUCUUUGGCCUGGUUGCAGCGCCGAUAAAAGACUCUUGCUAGGAAAAGAGUACAGAGAGUUCCACAGCCUCCUCCAUCUCCAGAGGCAAAGUCUUCGUCGUCUUCAUCUUCUGCAUCUACAGCAGCCCAUUCCGAGCCAUCUUCUAUGGAGGCCGAGCAUCCUAUUGUUCGAGAGGUUCCAGCUAUUUCCUAAUCUCGGUGGAAGCUGGAACCCAAGUACAAAUUCGACCGUGAUUUAUUUUUCGAGUUGGACCAGACCAAGUGGUCUUAUGAUGAGCUUGUUCGGAUCUUAUGAUAAACUUGUUCCGAGGGCAUCGAUGCUAUCAUGACACCGGCAGACACAGUUGUCCAUCCUCGGUUGGUUGCAUUGUAAUGACCCGAUCAUUUUCAUUCUUUUUCUUUUUACUUAAAUUUUACGGAUAAAUUUUUUCUGU